AUGGCAUCUGGCCAAGAGAAGGAUAUGGCAAGGGAGGAAGGGCCCACUGCACCUAAUGAGGUGGUGAACAAUGCUGCUGACAUUGACCUCAAUCAAGAUGAGGCAAUGGAUGACAUUGAGCUGGAUGAUAUUGAGGACUUGGACCUGGACAUUGGAGAUGAGCAUCACCAUGGUGAAGCUGAGAACCAUGAUGAAGCAGAGAACCAUGGUGAAGCUGAGAACCAUGGUGAAGCUGAGAACCAUGGUGAAGCUGACAACCUUGGGGAAGAGGAUAACACCGGUGGAAAGGAGGCCACUGGUGAUGAAAAUGACUUCACUGAGGGUGAAGGCAUGACUUAUCCUAUUUCCGAGGAGAUUGUCCAACUCCAGGCUAAGGUGGCAACUCAGAAUAUCACCAUCCUGCAGCAGCAGACGUCCAUUGAUGGACUCAAGAAGCACACUCGGAACCUCGAGGCUAGGCUGAGCAUUACCAUGAAGGAGGUUACUGAGUUCCGUCGCAGCCUGGGCACUAAGAACCGUGAAAUUGAGUGGCUUCAGAAGACUUGCAAUAAUCUGCAAGUAUCAUUCAACAAGCUCAAUGAGCAGGUGACCAAACUUAGGAGGGAGGGUAUCUACGAACCUCCUCCUGGGCGUAGGCCCGCUCCUGCUGCUCAGUCGGCACCCGCUCCGCCCGCACCCCUGGCGAUAGGCGCUGCGACGGCUAUGCAUCAGCCACCUCCAACUGAGACCUCGCCCUUUGGGUCUCUCUCGGCGCCUCUGCCUGAGUUUCACCAUCGCAAGACGGAGGAAUAUGCGGUCGAGUUGGAGGCCGCAGCACGCUCGCUCCAGAAGCCCUUGUCUGAGGAGGAGAUGAUGCACCUCUUUAUGAAAGGCCUCCCUGUCAACCUGCAAGAGGCACACAUGAUCGGCGGCAUGACCAAUUGGACGACUUACAAGGAGCUGAAGGAGCGGGUGAUCAAAACUGACACCGUCAUUCGCACAUAUAUCCAUGGUCCUGCAGAGGCGGACCAGCAGCCCCGUGCUGAGGGCUCCGGUGGUCGUGGGAACCGGCCCCAGAUCGCCAAUGGCGGAGGCGGUUCGAAUAAGCAACCUUUCCAGCAGCGUGAGCACCAGCCUGGACCACAGGCCAAGAGGGCUAACGGGGGGGGAGGUCAUGGCCCUAACAAGCCGGACUUCUCCAAGAUGCGGUGUCGCGGCUGUGGAUUUAUGGGACACAUCCAAAAGCAGUGCCGUAACAAGAACCCAAUCAAGUACUCUGGGAAGCUGAAGCCAGGCGGCGAGGGACCUUCUGGAAAGAAGGAUUUUCAGAAGCCCAACUAG